AGUGUGGUGCGGUGCUCGUGCGGCUCGCGUGCCGUCGUUCGAGGCGCACAGUCGCGUGGGGUUUCCGCAGAAGACAGUCGCUCGGCGAGGUCGUCCGCAGGCCCUAAUUGGCAUUCCCCCGAUUCCUGCCGCCGUAGGAGCAUCGAGGCAAAAUGGCCACCUGGAACGAGGCUGACUGGCAUGACGAGGCGGAUGGCGACAUCGCUCAAGAGUCGGCACGGGUGGCCGCCCAAAAUUCCAGCCUGGAGUGCGACAUCGACGUCUCGGUCACGGUGGCGCGCUCAAACUACACGGCCGCCGCGAAAAGUUCGGGUCCUUUCGUGGAUGUGCCAUCUGAAAAGUCUGGACUGUCUCUAGAAUGUGUGUGUUCUGACACGCUCCCUGCCAGCGAGGACAGUCUCCUGGACGGCGACCUGGACAAGGACUUCCCUCCAGGCGAUGGCGUCCUCAUUCCAGGACUCUCGGAUGUCUCCCUCUCCCCGAAACACACCAUCACAGCUGACCCGUUGGACCUGAGUUUGUCGGAGGGCGACGACACGAUGGGACAGCAGUCACCCUCGUCCAAACCCUUGGCCACGAUCCCGGAGGAGCCCGAGCUCGAGGCGCAGCUUGAGAUGGAGCACCCGCAGGAGCGCAGCCCCGAGGAACUGAGCACUCACAUGGAGGAGGAGCCGGCGCCUCUCGUACUUGACGCGCUACCCCUCCAAGACCCCGACCUGUCCACGGAGGCCGGGAACGAUAUGCUUCCUGACUCGUCGGAGCCGCACUUCCGGAUUUCCGAGCAGUCGCUGGCCGAAUCCGCGGUCCUUCACCCCGAGAUGAGCGACAUCUCGCUCAAAGAAGACAAGGCAACGAGCACGGCUGAGGUUAUCAUUAUCGAAGACCUGCCCGUGCGGCCCAAGUCUCCAUACCAAACGCGCAACAGGCCGCAGAUUUCGGCGCAAAGGCAACUGUCUCCCUUUUCGAGCCCCGAGAAGCUCGCGCCUCCGCCAGCCGAGAGUCGGCCGAUGCCACCCCCGUUGUCCCAGCGAAACCAGCUGGGAGCACGCCGCAAGGCGGCGACCGUGUCGGCCGAGGUGCCCAACUCGCGUUCGGUGGGCGCUGAAGCGGCUCCACCCGUCAUGGCCAAGGGCUCCGUGGCCAACCAGUUCCUUGAGAAGAUUGGGCAGCUGCGUGGCGCCGCGGUGUUGUCCGAAGGCUGCCACGACACCUACACGCUGGCUGAGGACCUCAUGAGCAUCGAGGGCGCCCAGAAUCAACCCGACAAGUACAAGAAGGAAGACUUUGGGGAGCUAUUCACCAAGAAGUCGCUCAACGCUGCACAAUUUGCUCCGAAAUUGCAGUCGCAGACGGAAACCGAGGCAGAGUCCGAGGACGAAGAGUCCUCGCUGGACUUCGACCACCUGCCGAUCCGCAGGCGCAUGGACAUCUGGAAGAGGCGAGAGGACCGUGCGAUUCGCAAAGGCCUGAUUCUGAUCCCCAAGGUGGGCAAGCAGGGACGCUUCCCGAUCUCCGCCGCUGGUCUGUGACCUCUUCCACGCCGACGACCUUUUGUGUUUUUUAACUUCUAUUUCUAAAAUAAAGACUUGUCUUCUGCGU